UUAACAUCUACUUUUACAACACAUUCAUGGAAUGAAUUUUCGUUGUUUGUUUGUUAAAUUCUUGGAAAGUGCUAGUAGAUUUCAAAACCUAACUCGUUCUUGUUUUUGAAUUGCUCACUUUGCUGAAAAUCUCUUAAGAUUAAGCUUGAAAGGUUCUUUCUGGAUACAUUGUUACAGGUAUACGAAAUAUUUUCUUUUUUGUCUGUAAGAAGGAAUGAAUAGAUUAAGUUGAUCGGACAUCUGGCACAUCACACUAUCUUGAUGAACGGCCCACAUUUCUCAACCAAACAACGCCCAAUGUGAUUUGAAAAAAAUUGAUUGAAGAAUUUUGGUUUUUUUAACUUUUUGGAAUGUGUUAGUAGAUUUCAAAGAUAAACUCGCUGUGUGCUUUUAUAUUGCUAAAAAGUUCUUCAAACAGAGCUUGAAAGGCUCUUUUUGGAUACAUUGUUACCGCUAUACGAAGUAUUAUCUUUUUCUGUCUGUGUGUCUGUCUGUAAGAAGGAAUGGAUAGAUUAAGUUUAUCGGACACCUGGCACAUCACAUUAUCUUGAUGAACGGCCCACAUUUCUCGACCAAACAACGCCCAAUGUGAUUUGGAAAAAAAUCGUCGAAUCUUAAUUUGAUCUUCGUAUUAUAUCAAAUUCAGCUAAUAAUUAAAUGUUUUCAGAUACAUACAUUGAAGAAAUUAUACCGUUUAUAAAUAUUGUUCACGAUGUUAUGACCAAGCCUAACAUUUGUUUCCAGUUUUGAUUCGUCUAUAUAGACUGAUUUGUGUAAAUCUAUGCAGAAUUAGUUGAGUGCAUUACGUUAACCAUUCUGCCGUUUUCUUGUGACGCUCUCAAGAUACGUUCUGUCAACGUAGGAGCAGCAAUAGCGUUAUUGAUCACCUUGCAAUCUUAGAAAGAAAUAUUGUAAUCUUAACAAAGUGCCCGACGAUAUAUUUUUGUGAGGGGGGGGGUAUGAUAUGCUUGUCCCUUCUUUCAUCCAUGGAUACAUUCGAUUAUUCCACCGAAAUCAAAUCUCCAGUUUUCCACUUUCCUUUUAGUUUCAAUGGUGAACUGCAGCAAAAUGAAUAGGAGAACUAAGUUUGUUAUCUAAAGCUACACAGACAAUACUUUUGAUUCAUAGUUCUAAUUUAUUUAUUGGAAUAAGCUUGACUAAAAUAAAUCAAUUCAACUUCUGAAUAUCCGCAGGGUAAUUUACAAUUUGAAAAGGUGAAGCGAUGAUAAAGCAAAGAGCAGCAAUGUCAAUUUGAUCUGUUAUUGCAACGCAGCCAUAAAGAAUUUUUCCUAUGUAGAAACUUAUUUUUUAUGUAGAAAACUAUCUUACGUAUAAAUUUGCCAGGCUUCCUUGAUUCACAUAUUUUUUCUUGAUUGCAUUUGUCUAUAUUCAGGAACGCCGGAACGACCAAGGGGGCAAGGGGGGGGGGCAGGCUUGAGUAAAAGGGCAUUCGAGAAAUAAUUCCCAGCUACUAACAAUCUUUUCUUAAUUGUCAUUUUGUUUCGAUUUUCUGUAGGUAUCUUGAAAAUCGGCUAAUUUUUGGCAUUAGAAAAAUCUUUACAAGUUUUGAGACAUGUCGUUAGGAAUAAGGUGUAUAGAAUACGUAUCAAUGAGGUGUAUAGAAUACGUAUUCUAUUCACCUCAUUGGGCGGUACAGUCAGAAUUUCAUAUAAAUCUUUUGAUAAUUACAAACGGCCGAUGUCAAUGGAACUUCUAUGAUAAGGGAACUUUGGCCCCCCUUGCCCCUCCUAUCAAAAGGCAUCAGGGGCGGUUGACCCCCCGUACCCCUUCUCCGUCCUCCAUCCAGAAUAUUUUUCGCUCAAUAUUUAAUAUCUUGUCAUAAAACCGAGUGCAAUAUUAAGGCUCGCCGAAUUGUUAGUCAGAUAUGACUAUUUUGCCAGUUUUUUUAUCAACAAUGUUUUUGGAAAUUCUUUAUAUGAUCGUAAAUUUUCAAUUUCAUAAAAUCAAUAUUAACACUAUUUAGUGUUUUCCUGUUUAUAGUACUGGUUAUGUCGUUCCCAUAGAUACGAAUCUUGCUAUACAAAGUAUUUUUGGCUGCAGGUAUCAGGAGAAGCCCAAGACAGACAAAGUGUAUAUAAAUGUCCUUACACACUUUUAUCGACUAAAAGCACUGUUAAACCAACACAUUCGUAUAGUGUUUAAGAUGCUGUGCGAUUGAUUGUUGCUUUUUUGUAAUGAAACACAAUUUGAGCAUAUCGCUAUUUUUUGUUGGGAUUUUUUUAGUAGUGUGUGCUGAUAAUGUUGAAUUGCUGGACUUUGAUCAAGACGAAGUUCUGAAAUGGAUGGCAAAGUUUGAAAAUGAUCCGUUUUUCAAGUUUUUCGAGUCAGCCAGCACUGCUGAAAAACGGGAAACGUUCGAUGAUGUUUUCGAACGGUCAUUUUAUUCCGUCCAGGAAACGAUGAAUAACGGUUUGUCACAGAAAUUCGAUUCCCAUAUUCAAUACUUUCCUGCCAAUAUUUUGAUGAUACAAGCCAUGUACAAACUGAUGAAACCAAACGGAGUUUUGAGUAAGGAAGGAUUCUCUUAUUAUGGACGCAUUAACACUGAUGGUAGAGCGAUGAUCCUGUUCAACAGAGCAUUCAACUCCGAGCAAGAUCUUCUUAAUGCCAUAAACAGGUCUCAAGGAAAGCGCUUGUCAGAUCAGCAAGUGGCAGUCGGCGAUUUCGAUAUGAAGAGACCUCUCGUUGCCGUCACUAACUACAUCUUGAGCCCGGAGGAUCUUGAGAGGCUGAAAAGUUGGCUAAAGCAUCAAAAGAUGUUGACUGGUGGAAAUUUCAGGCACUCUCUAAAGAACAGUCGAGUGAUGCUGGUCAUCAGUUAUGCAUGUUGUACAAAAACGAUGAUUUCACUGCUAAGCCCAAAGUACGGAACGAUGAAACUCAAAGUCGGGUAGAUACAAUAGUAUAUGAAAAGUGCUAAAGAAGGUAUGGAAUGAAUGAAAGAAGACAAAAAUAAAUUGAAAUGAAAAUAUGAUUAGCGUAUUUCUUGUGACUUCUUGGUGCUGUUUGUCAAAUAAGAUGUCAUGAGGGACUUACUCUAGUUCAUUUGUACACGCCUAAGGUGAAGAAGGUUUUUAACUCAACCUUCAUCCCCGAUUACUAUGCCGUCUCGUUGGCAAAUUUUAAGUGCCACCCUGGAAACGUGGGUUCUUUGACCUAUCAAAAACACAGAUCUCAGGAAAGACCCCGCAAAUACAGGCAUUUGUGUAACCAACCAUCCUUGCCUGAAAAGAAAAUCCCAAGUACUCCAUUUAACUAUUAAUUUCCCUCUUUAACUACUUUUCGGGCUAUGUUCAAACGUGUUAGAGAGCUUUCAAUACCGUUAGCACUCAGUGUGUUAGAGAGCUUUCAGUACUGUUAGCACAGUAGCUUCUGUCUGAAUAUUUCUCAAAAUGAAGUCAUCCGUCUUUUAAAGUUAGAUGAAUUUGAUUUUGGAUAUUUUCGAACCAAUUAUUAUGUUUGUCUGAAAAUGUAAAGUGCGGGGUUUGAAAGAAAACAGCUAUCCAGAAAAAUGUUCAUAACGAAUUAGAACUUCAACACUAAGCAAAAAGCUAGAGGUUAGAUUGAUGUCAGGACUCAGAAACAAGUUGCUGAGUUGCUUAAACCCCUUCAACGAAUGAUUUAACAAGCUUUCUACCAUUUAACGAAUCAUACCUCUUAGCAUUUUAGUUUUGAGUGCUUUUAACCUCAAGUCUGCGAUUUGUUCAUGGACACUGAAUAUACGUUUAAUAUCGGUGGCAAACAGCUGAUAAAAGAGCAUUUGAUAAAUUUUCCAAAGAGACGUGACUGCUACAAAGCUGUCUGCAAGUUUCCUUUGCUGCAUUGCGGUCUAAACAAACUGGUAUGACAUGCAAUAGUUGACUGUUUGCAAUGCUGUGAUUAGAAGAGACUUUACACCUGUAAGCCAAAACAAUCCAGCCACCAUAUCUGGUCAUUCUCGUUGUUCUCUCAAUAAGUUCUUUAAUAAGUUAACAUUCAGCUUCAAGAAAAAAGUAAAUAAAUCUAACUUCUUAAGAAACUUUGCUGACCUCUGAAAAGCACAAUACAUGACUUUUUUAUGAAUAAGCCAAUUGGAACGUAACCGGCUCGAAAAUACUGCGUUGAAACUAUACGUCAUCCUUAUGCCAUAGUUUACACUUGAUAAAGGAGAACAUAGAUAUUGGUGAUUUUUAAAGUAUUCGAACAAGUGGAAGAUCUGUUGUAUGAGACAAGCUAUGUCUGACGAUGAGAGUUACAAAGAGCUACUUAUCAAGAAGGACGCAACGGAAGAAGAUGAAGAUGCCCACGGUAGCAGCAGUUACACUGUCGAAGAAGCAAUUGAGAAAAUGGGAUUUGGCUGGUUCCAAAUAAGACUGCUGGCUUUGUGUGGUGUAGCAUGGAUGGCAGAUUCAAUGGAGAUGUCGAUUUUGGCUAUUUUAGGUCCUGCAGUGCGAUGUGAGUGGUAUCUUACCCAUUGGCACGAGGCAUUUCUCACCACAGUUGUUUUUAUUGGGAUGUUCAUAAGCACAUACUUUUGGGGAUAUAUGGCUGAUGCAUACGGCCGUAAGACGGUUGUCAUAUUCGCAUCACUUGGUAUUUUUUAUUAUGGACUUGUCAGCUCAAUAUCACCAAGAUACAUUUGGAUUGUAAUAUUUCGUGGUAUGGUAGGAUUUUCAAUGUCAGGAGUUGUACAAGGGACAACUCUUAUAUCCGAGUAUUUACCAACAAAGGCACGAGGCCUAACGAUCAGUUUUAGUAGUUGUUUUUGGUCUAUUGGGACAAGUAUUGAGAUAUUAACGGCCAUGUUUGUUAUGCCAACUUUGGGAUGGAGAUGGCAACUUUUCUUCUCAUCGCUGCCUUCACUACUUUUUCUUUCUGUAGCAAAGAUGCUGCCUGAAUCUGCAAGGUUUUACGUUGCAAGUGGACAGCAGGAAAAAGCCAUUGAAAUGCUCGAACUUGUUUCAAAGUUGAAUAAAGAAGAUCUUCCUGAUGGUAAACUCAUAGCUGCAAAAACCACAUGCAAUCGCGGAAGUAUUAUUGAGAUGUUUAAAGGGGGAACCUGGAAAACAACUGUUUUGUUAUGGAUAAUAUGGUUUGGUUCACAUUUCAACAUCUAUGGCCUUGCACUUUUGACCACCUCUUUGUAUUCAAGUGGAUACGCAUGUUACGGUAAUGCACCACUUCCAAGUGAGGAUAUCACAAACUGUGUUUACUGUAAAAGCCUUGAAAAGACAGACUACUUAAACUUCUUUUUGGUUCUGACUGCGGAUUUCCUAUGUGUGCUUAUCGUGGCUGCUUUAGCUGAUACAAUUGGCAGAAAGCGCCUCCAAGGGGUUGGAUUCUUAGUAAUGGGCAUGUUCUACAGCAUGCUGUAUAUCUGUACACGCAGCAAAUCGUGGACAACAUUUUUUCUCUUUGGUGCAAGAUGCUUUGCUGCUGUGGCUGAUCUGGGUGGAUACAUCUACACACCAGAGGUUUACCCAACACACAUACGAGGCAUGGCUUUGGGAUCGUGUUCUGGAAUUUCACGUAUUGGUUGUAUGCUUACUCCGUUUGUUGCACAGGUUUUGGCUCACAAAUCAAUUCAUUUAACAAUUGGUUUGUACGUUGGUGUGUCAUUAGCUGGAUUUAUAUGCAGUUUGCUAUUGCCAAUUGAAACCAAAGGAAGAAAGCUUGUGGAAACUGAAGAAUCGUAGUACAAAAUUCAGAAAUAUUUAAAGUUUAUUCAAAUAAAUAAUAAACUGUUUAGUAAUAUUCUUCCUCUUAGGCAAGUUAAUUCACAUUCUGUCAAUAGAAAACUGCUAUUUUUGCAAUUUUAGACUUAGAAUUUCUGAAAUUAACGUUGUUUUAAAAUCAUUAGCAUUGAUAUUGAUUGUAAUUUUAUUUUUUUAAUUUAUUAAUAUAUUACUUCUAUCUAAAUAUCAUCUAUUUAUUUUGUUUAAAUAUAAAUGCUUGAUCAGGAUUAGCGCUCUAAAACAAUGCAAAUUAAAUUCAGAAAACAGUGCAUUUAGGCAAGGCAAGAUCUGUUUAUAUUUUCCUUGUGAAAUACCCAGUUGUCAUAAAUUAGUAUAAAGUAAAGAAAGCCACCGACACCUCAAACAGUCGGCUGUCAUAAAUUAGCCUCUUUGUAAUCGUUAACUUAGGUCUACAGGGGCUUGAGUACUAAAAUGCAGAAUAACGGGCGAUUUACCUUUGCAGAAAACCUACGAGAUUACACAACAGUAUUUCUUUGAAUUUUUCUGAGAAAAUACAGUUUAUCUGUUUUUAAUUUCUUCAUAGGUUUAUCCAUAUAUUAAUAGACAGCCUCUUGUACAAGACCAUGAUGUCAUUAAGAUUCAUACGUACCACAUCUAAGAUGAAAGCCAAAAGGUCUAAAAUUUUUGAAAGAGCCUUGAAGUACUAAAGUCCCUAAUAUUUUUAGUAAGCGUGUCCUUCUGUUAAAAUUAACAUCCUUUUUGAAAAUUGUGCUCUUUUCUGUUUUAUUAAAAAUUCUUUACAAUUUGUGUUGAUUGCAGUGAAUCGUAUUUCAUUCAAGGAAAAUUUAUAAGUAAUAAUGCUAGAUCAAAAUGAUGAAAGUCUAAAAAUAGUUAAUUUCUACACAGAGUCCAGAAAUUAUUACUGUUCCACGGCUAUGAGCUGGAAGGAGGUUAUCCUACAGCGCAGUAGUUUUGAAUUUUGAGCAAGACCAAUGCGUAACUACCAAGCGAUUGUACAGAAGGGAUAAGAAAAAUAUGAGAAAGACGAGCAGGACAAAAUUUCAUAUGGAGGAAGGUUAAGGCAUUUUCUGAACUCUGUUUUUCACGAUUUUGUUAAAUCAUUUUUACUGAAAGUAGUCGGAAUGAAAUUGUGGUCGUUGAAAAAAUUUGGCCAAAAUUUAAGACAUUGAUAAAGUUUUGUCAAACUACGAACAAACCAUCCUAACUGCACAGUCUGACCAAUGGCUUCGAAAUGGAGAAAAAAAUUUCCUAAUUGUGUUCAAUCAACUUUUUUUGCUAAGGUUGUGAAAUUACAUAUUAUGUUUUCUGCAUGCUACUUAGAAAGUCAGAAGAAUAGAUCUAUAACUUAGUUCCCCUUAACUGUUGUUAAACAUAUUACUAAUAAUACGUAUUCAAUACUAAAUGAUAUUUACAUAUAAUAUUGUUAUACAAAUAA